AUGAACUAUAAUUGCAGAAAAAAGGGCGGCCGUGCACCAGUGGACAUCAUUGAUGAAGCUAGCGAUGAAGAGGAAGUUCGUAUUCAUGUCCCUCGCUCCUCACAGACAUAUCACCAUCACACGGACUAUUCCUCUCAAGUCGGUUCUUCCGGCGUCAGUGUGCGAACAACCACCAUAGCGAUACAGCCGGAACCUAUCUCUGCCAUGAAUACGCAAGAUCCUCCUUCGCCUCCUCCAGAACCUACUUUCUAUGAUACUUCUUCAUUACUCACUGGUCUCUCCGGGCUUUCUUUCCUUGACCCAGACUAUACCACUCCUGCAGAGGUUGCCCAUGGUGUGGAAGAAGGAGUGCGGCAUCCUAGGCCUUUAAGCGACCACCCACUUUUAGUAUGGACAUCCCAGUGUGAGGCAUUCAUGGCAGAGAUCUUACGUUUGGAGGCACCAGCCUCAGGAAUUGAGCAGUGCCAUGUUUGUCAUGCUGAUCAAGGCCAAUAUUGUUGUGCGAUGCCUUUUCACAAAGUUGAGGAAUGGACAGGUACCUACUUCAAAAGAAUGACUCUGGCGAACCUCAGCCUAGUAAUACAGUUAGGUCACCGACUUGGCCAGAAAUGUGUUCUUCCAGCCGUCAUCAAAUCCUUUGUGGUAAUUGAUGUUGAUGGUAUUCAUAUGGUGCAGAUGGGAUUUUGCAACUGUACACAAUCCAUUGAGCGACAGGUUCAAUUACUUAGGAGCCACCUGUGGCCCGCGACAACAAUUUAUCCUCAAACAGCUGCCACAUUUCAUGUUCUCCACCUAUUUCAAGUUUUGUCUUUCAUGUCCAAGGUUUCUGCAUACGAGUUUUAUCACACAUUGGCAUGCCUCUUGGAUAACACUGGACUAUAUAUCCCUCCAGAUCGGUAUGAUACCUUCCUACGGAUAAUGCGCGAGUGGUGUCACUUGCGCUCUUUGAAACGUUUCGGCCGUGGCCAUGAACCUGGCAGGAUUGCAGAGAUGAGGCCCGGUGAAUUGGUACUACGUUGUCCUGCCUGUCCCCAUCCUCAUGUGAAUCUACCCUGUGGUUGGAAUGAAAACCUAGGAAAAUGUUGGCUGUAUUGCCUCUUUCUCGCAGUUGAUGCCAAUUUUCGGCUCUGCCGCCUGAACGUAUCAAAUGAAGAUAAUGACCCGAGUUUGAACCGUGGCUAUGGUUACUUUGUCGAGGAAAAUUCCUUUCGGUUGUUUCUCGAGAUGUAUGGCAAAAUUAUCCCGGUGGAAGAAAAAAGCACUUGCAACAACCAUGAUGCUGUCAAGCUGGCCAAUAGCCGUGGAGGUCAAGGGGCAGCAGCAACCGGUGUCAGAGCUGUAGUAUGUGGUCGCCACGAUAUGAAGCGUCCUUUAUCUGUUGGUGAUCUUCAGAAGGGUGAAAGGUACAUCAACAUGGACUACUUCGUCUUGUCAACCCUGACUUGUGAUACGCCACCCGACCUUGUGAUUUCGUAUGAUAUCGCAUGCCAGUGGCACAAGAACCUUUUUGUACGUAUCAGCAAAUAUCCAACGGAUCUGCAACCUGGCCAACUGGAGCACAACAUACUCUAUCUUGUGCCAAAGUUCCAUUUGCCAGUGCAUAUCCUCAAGUGUUGCAACGACUUUUCCUUCAACUUCUCAGCAAAAGUAGGACGAACAGAUGGAGAAGCACCUGAGAGAACAUGGGCUGCAACCAAUGCCUUGGCAAAUAGCACCAAGGAAAUGGGUCCAGGAUCAUGUCAGGAUACCCUUGAUGACCAUUUCAGGGACUACAAUUGGCGGAAAAUUGUGAUCAUGGCAUGUGCAGAGCAUGUAGCUGAAUUUAUAAGUUAUGAAGAUGCUCUGCAAAGCAAACAUGCAGAUGCCAUCAUCCAGUGGCACUCUAUGGUGUUAACUUGGGAGCAGGAUCGCUCGCAGCCUAAUCCUUUUGCCCCAACUUUACGUCCUGUCACCGAAAAUGCAGUAUGCCUUGAGUUGGUCAGAGAAGAAAAGCAGGAAACCAAGAUCGAAAUUCACCAUGAUGUUAGUCCUAGCGAAUUCAUCGCUCAGGGUCUGCAAUUAGAAGAACCACAGUAUGUUGUCCAGUCACACUCGACUGAUCUCCAACGUACUAGAGUUCAACAACAAGCCAACCGCAUUUCUCACAAGAUCGAAGCUUGGAUUGAUGUACAGAAGGUGUACAUGCCAAGAACUACUUUACUACACACUAGGGAUGAUGAUCGUCGUGCUCCAGGUGUUGAAGUCCAUACCUCCAAGAUACCUUUAUACCUUCCUUCUCAUGCGCUGCGACUCAAUGCUGUACAAACCAACAUUCAAAACACCGUCAUUGAUGAUGAGCGCUGGUUGCGUCUCACCCAGGCACAUGAUACCUUAGCAACUUUACGUGAUCACCUACUGUUGAAAUUGUUUUCCCAUGGACAGCAUUAUGGGACCAAAGCAAAUGUGCUGAUGCAUAGGGUGGAGACCAAAAUACAAGCAGAUGCUGCACAUUACAGGCGGGUUUACAUGGCCUUGGAAGCGGUAUCUACAGCGUUAGGUUGGGAGGAGUGGAAGGCAGGACUAUCUCCCUUGAAGGCGGAAGAUGUCCAUGGUUUGGAUUCAUAUAAUGAGGCGACCUCGGAGGGACAGCAUACAUUGUCAUGGAUAUGGAAGACAAACCUCCAGGGAGGCGAGAAAGGACUACAAGAAGCGUUGCACAUUGAAUGGUGCAAGUCCCGCAUGCGUGCUCAGCGAUGGCAAGAGGAGUGCGAUCUUCUGACAGAGGAGAUCCGUCGGGUUCAAGUCACUUUCCAAUAUUAUAGUGGCAUGUGGAAGGGCUGA